AUGCUUUUUCGAAAGAAAGAUCGCAAUCGUAAUACUCAAAUCAUUCCUCUAGUUUCCUGCAAUAAGAAUAUUUCGAAACACGUGGCAGCUCUUGCAUUUAGGGGAACGGAAAAUGAGAUUGAUUUAAUAUUGUGUCGAGCUGGAUUAUUCAACUAUCACGCAGAACAUAUCAGAGAUAUGACAAUUUGUCCGCAUCAUUGCGCUGUGCUUGGUAUCAGUUGGACAAGAGGUUCAAGCACGAGGUGCAGAGUCCCAGAAAUACUUUCUGGACAUGGGAAUGGUAAAGGAAGUUGGCCAAAAGGCGAUCGAGGAAUCAGUAAAAUCGAGUCUUGUGUAAUACUGCGCAAGACGGGAAUAUUUGUUCAAGUUGGUUCUGGUAAGCUAAAUGAGUUAUCGAUCAUGAUCAUCAGUGCUGCGUCCACAGCUUGAGAAACAAAUAUCAGUUGUAAAAACACUAUAUUUAUUCAGGUAUUUGUAGAGAAUGCAGAGAAGAAAUGAAACAACACGUAUUCCAAGAGCCAAUCCCUCCUCCGUCUGAGGUAAAGCAGCGAUUGAAAGCUGGGUAAAUGUCACAGGAUUGAUUUAUUCAAAUGAAAUUGCUGCAUGUGUAAAUCAUUCUAGCUUGUUGAAAAUUGAGUCUGAGAGCAAUUUGGAUCACUUUCCUCUUUUACAUAUCUUUUCAUUUCUUCUCUUUUUUUUCCAUUCCUUUCAACUUCAACGCAAUGAAGGAGGGUUAUCUUUUAAUAAGACCCCAAUUUUUGUUUUGUAGAAAGAACUUACAAUAACCAUGGAAGGUGAUUGUUCUCCUCCAUUUGAAGUUAAAACAUUGUCAUUGACUUACAAAAUGGAUAAAAUGUCAAUUAUGGUAGGAUUCAUAUGUUGAAUUCAAUUACUAUAUUUGCAAAUCGUUCAAGCUUUUGGCAAAUGGAUGCUAAAUAAACGUAUUUUUUUAAUCCAAUACUUCCUUUCAUCUCCUUUCUGUUUCUUUCCUGUGAGUUUAUUUUCUGUCUUGUCUUGGGAUUUUUCCUCGUAGUUCUCUUUGUUUUUUUCUCUGUUUGUCUGAGUAAAGAAUAAAAAACUAAGCACUGUUUGAAACUGAAAUAAAUAAUUUUUAUGUGAUGAUUGAAGAAACCUAUAAUUAUUUAAAACUUCCGUUUUUAUUCAAAUUUUUUUAGGAAGAAAAAGAAGUAACCAUGGAAAUGGAUAGUUCAGUUCUGCAAACACCACAAAUUGCACCAGGCAAUCUUUUCCCAGACACACCAUUUACCUUAUAUCAACCACCGGAAACCUCUGAAACGCCAGAAUUACAGGAAAAUAGUGAAACUGAAACAAGUUCAAGGGAAAAACUAAAUUUGUUUUUGGCAACAAGAGAUAUCAGUCCCGUACGAAGCUCGAUUAAGGUAGCAUGGAAUGAUGCUUCGGAGAGAACGAAACGUCUUUAUACUCGUAAGGCAAGACAGGUCGUGUUUGCAGCUCUGGACGAAAUUUCACCUGAUAGUUCAGAUAUGUUGCUAGACGUAUUGAAAUCUCCACGGAGUGCUAAUACCAAUAUAGAUUCUAAGUUAAUGCAGGCACUUACUGAAUGUUAUAACAACGCAUCUCAUUGGAACACAUGUAGGCAAAUCCUGUCAAUCAUGGCGGACAAGAUUAAUUUUAAGGAGCUCCAAAAAUGGAUUCCACAUUUAACCCGAUACAGAUACAGCAUUGCACGUCACCAUAUCUUGCUCCAUGGAAAAGGUUCUGUUGUUGCUCCCAUGAAAAAUACAAGGAUAUGCAUUUCACCCCAGAAACUUGAUCACUUCUUGACAUUCAUAACUAGUACAUCAGUAAUACAGGACUUGCCAUUUGGAGAGAAAUCAUUGAAGUUAUCCUCCAAUACCAAGAUUACUGUUCCAAAUGUCAUCAGGAAUCUUAUACCUGAACAGGUAGUGAAACAAUAUCAGAGUUAUUGUGAAGAGUCUGAUUUCGUACCUCUGAGCCGCAGCACUUUAUGCAGAAUUCUCAAAGUCUGUUCUGUGUCAGUCCGAAAAUCUCUUCAAGGGUUAGACUACAUAUCAGCAGAGGGUUCCAAGGCUUUUGACGAUCUGGAAGAUAUCUUAGAAAAGCUGGGAGACGAAUAUGGAACUGGUCAUACCUGGGCAAAGGAGCAAAGUGGCAAAUUAAAAGUUGCGAAACGCUAUCUUAAAAGUGAUUACAAGGUUAGUCAAUUUAUUUAUUCUCACACAGGAAAAAGUACUAAAUAGAAAGGCAAGAGAAAUUACAAUUUGUGUUCAAAGAAACUGAAAUACUCCAACAAUAACUUCUUUUGUAUUAAAGGUACAUGUAGCACCAAGUUCAAGAGUUGCAGAUCACUGUAGGGCUCACGCUCUUAGUUAUAAAAAGGAGGACACUGAUUAUUUUAUUGAAUGUGACCACCAUCAUGAUCUUCAGUGUGACAGAUGUCUAUUAGUUCCUUCUGUUUUCGAUGAGAUAAGCACAGCUUUAGAAAACGCAGAGAUUCCAAACGAAGAAAAAGAGGAGAUAUUGUAUCUUGUUUCCCAGUCCAAGAAUAGUAUUGAAGCUUGGAAGGCGCACUUACUCCGCACUGUUAACCAAGACGAAGCUAGAUUGGACACCAUCAGUAAUUUGAAUUCAAAUUCAGUGCUUAUUGUCUUGGACUGGGCCAUGAAAUUCCUCCCAAGAAAAUACCGAGAAAGCCAGUCAGAUUGGUUUGGCAAACGGGGAAUUUCAUGGCACAUAGCCGUUGUGACAAGAAAAGUAAUGCCAUCUAAAAUAGAUACACUCACUUUUGUCCACAUAUUCAGAAAGUGUUCACAAGACAGCCCAACAGUUGUGGCAAUCGUAGACGAUGUGGUUAGGCAGCUCAAGACAACCAUGCCGGACGGAGAAAUGGUAUACCUACGUCAAGAUAAUGCCGGGUGCUACCAUAGCGCACCUACCAUACUGGCACUCCAGCAGAUAGCUAAGAAGUACAAAGUGCAAAUCAGAUUGGACUUCUCCGAUCCACAAGGCGGAAAAGGGCGUGCGAUCGUAAAGCAGCUUCUCUCAAGAACCAUAUAA